UACGAAAAAGAACAACCACCUGAGCUCUCCCUCCUCUUCCUCUUCCUCCUACCACCACUACUACCACCACCACAACCACCACCACCAGCAUGGCUUUCCGUCAACCCACACACAUCAUCAUCACCCCGGCUGGGCACAACAACAAGAUCCACAAGAAGAAGAAGAAGAAGACAACCAUUGCUCCUCAGCCAGAAGGAAACGAUCUUAAAUCGAUCAGAAAAAGAAGGGAAAAACUUGACUUCAUAAUACAAAACAGAAAGUUGCCGCCCCUGACUGCCGCCACCACCUCCAGCAGCAGCAGCAGCAGCAGCAAGCAGGGCAGCAGCACCAGCAGGAAGAGCAGCCAGAAUGCACUCUCGCCACACUGGACAGAGAAAGAGAGGAAGAAAGAGAGACAGCCAACACCUACUCCUACCAUUGGCUCCACGAAAAUGAACAGAGGGUCUCGCUCGGUGGAUAGACUGCCGGAGAUAGGAGGAAGAGAAGAGUUCGUUGGAGGAGGAGGAGGAGGAGGAGGAGGAGGAGGAGGAGGAGGAAGAAGAGGAGGAGAGGUGACGGAGGAGAGACUGGUUGAGAUGAGGAAGGAAAUGUCCCACGAGAUCAAAAUCCUCAUGGAACAGCAAAUGUGGAAGAUGCAGCAGCUAUUGGAACAGCAGAGGGCGCGUCAGGAGAGGAAGAGGGACAGGCAGGCGCAGAGGGAGCUGUCUAAGAUGCAGAGAGAGGCGGAGAGGGCAGCAGCAGCACGCGACGGAGGGGAGUCAACUGCUGCAGGGAAACAAGAGACUGACGGAGAGGUGGAUUCCAGUCUCAAGGCUAGUGGGAUUGAGGACACUAUAAAGGAAUCACCCAAAGAAGAAGAAAAAGAAGAAGAUGAAGAAGAAAAAGAGGAGGAGAAGAAAACGAAGAAACAGAAAACGAGGAGAAGAAAACGGACGAAACCAAGGAGGAGAGAAGAGAAGAAGGAGGAGGAGGAAGAAGAGGAAGAAGAGGAAGAGGAAGACAUUGAAGGAGAAGUAGAGGAGAUAGUGGCUGGACUGGGAAGCGGAAACCAGAAGAGACAGUUGAGGUGUGCAGAGAGAGUAAGAGAACUGCUGUCCCAACCACGCCCCCCGAAUAGACAGCUCGUGGAGGGGAGCGUGCUUCCCCUCCUAGUACGCUGCAUGGACCGGGGGGAGAGCCCGCAGCUUCAGGAGGCCUCAGCUUGGGUCAUCACCAACAUCGCCUCUGGCAGGAGUGAGCACACACAGGCGGUGGUGGAUGCUGGUGCCGUGGGCGUGCUGGUGGGGCUGGUAAGCACAGGCGGCGGGGAGGCGAGGGAGCAGGCGGUGUGGGCGCUGGGGAACAUCGUGGGAGACGGGCCGGAGUGCAGGGAUGCCGUGCUCAAACAAGGGGUCAUUCCUCCUCUUGUUGAUCUCCUGCAUGUAAACGUGACGACGUCGCUGAGGAGACAAGUGUGCUGGGUGCUGACUAACCUGCUGCGUGUGAGGGGCGCCCGUCUGACUGACAAGCAGCGAGCCCAGUGUGCCGAGGCCUUCCUGCUGCUGGUGGCAUCCCUGCAUCCCGAGGUGCAAGCCGACGCACUGUGGGGGGCUGCGUAUCUGGCUGACUUGGGACCUGAGGGCGUGGACUCGGUGGUGGAGGCGGGGUUGGUGCGAGAGAUGGUGCAGCGCCUCUACUCAGACGAGGAGCGCGUGGUGGCCGCCGCACUGCGAGCCACGGGGAGCAUCGCGGCUGGCUCCAACGAACAGACGGAGGCGCUGGUGCAGGCGAGCGCAGUGCCCAUCUACCGCGACCUCCUGCAGCACCCGAUCCCAGGCGUGGCGAGGGAGGCGGCCUGGAUUCUGUCUAACGUGACUGCGGGGACACCUGCGCAGAUCCAGGCAGUGAUGGAUGUACAGGUGGUGCCGCUCAUUGCUGCCGUGGAGGAGGAAGACGCGGAGCUACGGAAAGAGGCGACGUGGGGGCUGGCUAACCUCGCCUCGGGGUGCACGGCUGAGCAGGCCACGUGGCUGGCGGGGAGCGGCUUGGUGCCCUGCCUGGCGCGCCUUCUGCAGGGUGAGGACGCCGGCAUGCAGUUGGUGGCCCUCGACGCACUUAACAACCUGUUCAAGAAGUCCCCGGAGAAGCGCAGGCUGGCCCAGGGUGUGGAGUCCUCGGGGGGGCUGGAGCGUCUGCGUGCCCUUAGACAACACAAGGAGGGGCAGGUGGCCAAGAUGUCUGACUAUCUCCUCACCGCCUACUUCGGGGAGGGGGACGAGGGGGAGUAGAGGUGGAGGUGGUGUAGGGAGAGAGAUAAAGGUUAGCUAUAUAGAGGAGUUAAUGGAGGAAUAAAUAAAUGGGGUUCUUCACUCUGACUACUACUACUACUACUACUACUCUAGUCAAUAGAAAGAUAAGUGAAGUGUGUUGUUUUAAGUAAAAAUGUCAUGUAGCUCACUCAUUUGAUAGGAAGUAACUUGAGACUAAUAGAUAGAUAAAUAGAUAGAUAGGUAAAUUAAUGAAUAGAUAUUGUUAUAGAUAGAUAGAAUGAUUGAUAGAAAAGUAGCUAGAUAUGAAGAUAGAUUGAUACAUAGAUUAAUAGAUGGAUGGGUGUAUAUUUAGAUAGGUAUUUAGAUAGAUUGUUUUUUGCUAUUCUUUCUUACAAAGACUCACACUGUUCCUCCUCAGAGGUGGAGGUGAGUGGUGAGUGUUCAGGCUCCCUGGGUGUAAAUACUGUACCAACCCUGCACAGAGUGAAGCGAAUCUUAAUCAAUAAUGAUUUCAUUG